CUUAAAGUACCAAGAUAUCGACUGAUAGGGUUUUGGACCUAUCUUAUCAAUUUAGCAAGAGAGAUGGAUUGACAAAAGAUUGGCUCAGUGCUAUAAUAUCCAUGGCUGUGAUUAGUUCAUAAUGGGGUCUUUUGUAUUAUUGCUGGCAGCGCUGCUGGCGGCGUCCCACGCCCAGCUGAGCGCGCAGGGCGGCAGCAUGGUGCUGAAGCUGGAGCCACAGCUCGCCGGAGGCUUCUACCUCACCAUACAGAAAGAUGCGAACUCCGAGGCGGAACUCCUAGGCCACAUCGGCACGACCCUGCCCUCGACCUACACCGAGGUGGCGGUAGACGAAGGCAUAGCUCUGGACAUUGGGGACUCCACGCGCCUGACAGUCAACACCUGGUAUGAUGAGGAGGCGGCGGCGCAUGGCGUCAGGAUCUCGUGGAACACUUCUGCUACGAUUAAGCUGGAGGACUGUAUUAGAUUUGGUUCCAAGCACUGGUACGCAGGACCUAUGCAAUUCGACCAAGUGUUCCCGAUAGAAAACGCUCAGCAAACAUACGCGCCCUACGUCUCAAAGGAAAAGGACAAUGGAGCCGUCCUCGAGAGAUACUGGCUGAACUCCGCUGGAGAAUACUUCUACGUUCACCCUCAGGUCCCGUUGUUCAUCGAUUACAACAACAACAUGGCAAACCACAUGUGCUUUGGCGCUCAAAUCGCCAGCCCUUACUCAGCGAAAAGGACCCAUACGGAAUUGGCUUACGACAUUUGGUUCCUGGGUGAUGCCAAGAAGGCGCAUAUGCACGCUGUCUUCAACUACCUCGGCAAGCCUUCAGGUCUUCCGGACUACAGAAUGGUUCAGUACCCCAUCUGGUCGACGUGGGUGGAAUAUGAAAGAGACAUUGAUGAAGUGAACGUGAUGGAAUUUGCCAACAAGAUUGUGGAGAACAACUUCACAAACUCCCAGUUUGAGGUGGAUGACCUUUGGGAGGUCUGCUACGGGUCGCUCACGGUCGAUGAGAGGAAGUUUUCGAACUUCAGCAAGACGGUCGCGGAUCUGAAGGCGCUCGGGUUCAGGGUCACCAUCUGGGCGCAUCCGUUCAUCAACAAGGACUGCGAGCCGUGGUACAGCGAAGCUUUGAAUAACAACUACCUGGUGCUGAACGAAGCCGGCAGCCCCGACACGAGCUGGUGGAACAACAACGGGUCCGUGCCCGCCUACAUCGACUUCACCAACCCCGCCGCGGCUGAGUGGUGGGCGUCGAGACUGAGGACGCUCCAGCAGACAUAUGACAUUGAUAGCUUCAAGUUCGACGCUGGGGAGAGCAGCUUUUCUCCACAGGUUCCAGUACAGACGGGCGACGUGUAUCUCCACCCGCACCACAUCGUGAACGACUACGUGCGGACCUGCGUGAAGUUCGGAGACAUGGUGGAGGUCCGGGCUGGCUUCCGGACGCAAGAGCUCCCAAUCUUCGUGCGCAUGGUGGACCGAGACUCCGUCUUCGGCACCAACAACGGCCUCCACACCGUCAUCACCACCACCCUCACCAUGAACCUGGCUGGCUACACGCUGGUCCUGCCUGACAUGAUUGGAGGGAACGGGAACAACUUGAACAACUCCGAGUCUGGACCGCCGACGAAAGAGCUGUAUAUUCGCUGGGUGGAGGCGAAUACGUUCCUGCCUGCGAUGCAGUACUCCGUUGUGCCGUGGAGCUUUGAUGAAGAGACGGUGAACAUAAGCCGUCGCUACACGGAGCUCCACGCCCGGUACGCGGACGUGGUGUACGCGGCCAUGAACGCGUCCGUCCAGCGUGGGACGCCCGUCAACGCCCCGCUGUGGUGGCUCGACCCGAGUGAUGCCACCGCGCAGGGGAUUGGGGACCAAUACGUGCUCGGCGAAGACAUAAUCGUCGCGCCAAUCAUGACUCAGGGACAAAAAGCCCGUGACGUCUACCUGCCAGUGGGCAAGUGGCUGGACCAGGGAGACCCUAACACCAUGCACGAGGGUCCAAUAUGGAUCAGAGACUACCCAGCGCCUCUGGACACCCUACCUUACUUCGUGAGGCAACACGAGCCCGGCGCGGCUAAUGCUCCUUUCGUUUCUGCACUCCUGGUACUUUUAGCCAUGGUUGCUUGCUUAGUUUAUUAAACUUUUGGUUGUAAUAGGAAUGUAAUUUUGAAAUGUAAAUAAAUUUUACUUAAUUAAAUAAAUAGUUAUUUUGGGGGUAUUAUACCAGAUAUCCCCGUUUUACUUAA